ACAUACUGUUUACCUAAAGGGUCGCUAUAGGGCGUGCUCGUCACAGAAUUUUGUGUGUGUGUGUGUGUGUGUGUGUGUGUGUGUGUGUGUGUGCGCGCGCGCGUACGUGCGUGCGUAUGCGGUGGUGUGUGGUAUGUGAUAUCGAUGAAUGAAUCCUGUUGCGCAGCCCGGCGACUUUAUUGUAAAGUAGUCAAUAAGAAGUGUUGUAGACGCAAUUGUUGGUUCUGUCGAACGAGCAUAUUUGCAUUAAGUCUUCACAAGUCGCUGCUGUCUUGAUCGCUCGGAUUAUCGUGCUCGAAUUACGAUUGUCCAUUCGAUCAUAUGCCAUCAUAUAGCGAAUCGGAGUUUAGGCGAUCACCAAUUUGGGUGUAGCACAAGUUUCUUGUUGUAUGGUUAAGGUGCAUCGAAGUGAAUUUUAUAAUAAUAGUGUCUUUCGGAAACUCAUAGUUUUUGUAACAAAUAAAUGUAUGCUCGAUGAAAUUGAGAUAAAACUGUUUAGCUGACGGUUAAGAGAGCAGGCGCGGUGAGGUAUAGUCUCGCUAAUCUCGCUAGUUCGAUAGGUCGUGCGGUGAGAGCCCGUGGACUGUGGGAUUGUGUGUAGGGUGUGUGCGCGCGCGCGUGUGUGUAUGUGUGUUGUGUGGUGUGGUGUGAGUGGGUGGGUGUACACGCGUAUGUGUGAGACAUCGAUGGCAAGUGGGCGUGUGGGGAUGAACUGCACGGGGAGUGCAAAGUAAAGGUGGUGGUGGCGGAGGAGGGGGAGGCGGCGGCGGCGGUGACGGUGACGGUGGCGGUGGCGGAGGCAGUGGCGGUGGCGGUGACGGUGACGGAGACCGAGACUGAGACGGAGACGGAGAAAGAGAAAGAAGAGGACUGGGGCGCUGUGUCGGUGUUGAUACUCUUCUAAAAAAGCUUCGCAGGUAGAAUCACACGAUCGAAUGUCUUUUCGAUGUGAUGAAAAUGGUGAGAUAUGGAGAAGUGUGGAGGGCUUUGAGUGAAGGCUUCGAUACCUCGAAUCAUGACAGAGACGUCAGACGAUGGUAACUAUCUGGUAAGGGUCCAUGCCCAGGUAAUGACAAGAGAUGAUAGUUCUGGCGGUUGGGUUCCUUUGAGCGGAGGUGGAUUGGCAAAUGUCUCAGUCAGACGUAGAGUCACUUCGUCAGGAGUAAAUCAGAUAAACAAUACUAAUGGAAACACUAUUCCUUCUACAACCAAUCCCACGCAUUCUGUCUCCAAUGUGGCGAUUGGUCUUCAAAGCCAUGGAUCUUCUAAUAUUUCUCCACCUGGCGCGAAUAAAAAAAAACAUGAAUAUCUUAUUUAUGGAAAACGUAUUACCGAUCAGUCGGUUGUUCUUAGUUGCACUAUUAAAAAAGAUUUUGAAUAUAAUAAGGUAAUGCCCACUUUUCAUCACUGGCGGACGGGAGAAAAGAAGUUUGGUUUAACAUUUCAAACGGCUGCUGAUGCAAGAGCGUUCGACAAAGGUGUCCGAACAGCGGUUGAAGAAUUAUUGGAAGAUCUAUCGGAUUUAACACUGACUACCGAUGUUCCAGACGCUGGGGAUGAAGAUGUUUUCAUGACUUUGAAUUUACCAGUGGAACCAUCUGAGCCACGUUCGUCUGCAGAUGCACCUCACGGAAUUCGAGUGCCCAAUUAUUCUCAGUAUUCGGAGCUCCCUGAUUCACACCGAUCUAUCCAUUACAUUGGUGGCUCUUCCACUAUUAAGGGGCCACCGUCACAACAUCCCCUAGCUUCCGCUGUAGACAUUGGAUCAGAUAAUUAUCCUUAUGUGCAGCUUACGACACUUAAUCAUGAAUAUCUGUAUCCUAUUAUUGACGAUCACAAGAGUGAGAGAUUAGAUGGACAUAAUACUUCAAAUAGUGGAAGUUCUUUGAAGAAGCUAAGCACAGGCACGAUAUCGCAACCUUCAAAAAAUACUGCGAAACGUAAUGUGCGGUUACGUUGCAAGCAUUGUCAAGAACUGUAUUCGGAGCAACAUAAUCCAAAAGGUUCCUGCGAAUACGCUCCUGACCCAAUUAGACGUGGAAUUGCUACUGUUUCUUGCUUGUCUUGUGCCCAGUGUAUGUUAUAUCACUGUAUGAGCGAUGCUGAAGGUGACUUUGCACAAAAUCCUUGUAGUUGUAGCACAGAAGAAGGAUGCGGACGCAGAUGGUUCGGUUUGGCAUUGUUGUCACUGAUUGUUCCUUGCUUGUGGAUAUAUCCCCCUCUUAAAGCUGUACAUUGGUGCGGAAUGUCCUGCGGGAUGUGCGGCGGACGUCAUCACCCUAUGGAAUAGCUGAAAGAACCCUUUGAUGUCUCUGCUCCAUACUCAAUUGGUGCAAGCAACUUUUCCGCAUCGUAUAGCGCGGUUGCCAAUGUAUAUGAAUGUCAUGAUUUGAGCAUGGGUCGCUGUCAGAGGUAUCAAAGGGGUAGACAGUUUCCAGUGCAUGCACUUAUCCAUCAGAGUCACCUUUAAAGGAAAAAAUUGAUCAAAGAGAAAGGACCCAAUUUAGCACAGGAUGUUUUAUUAUAUACAUAUAAAAUCUCAAUAUAUUCCAUACAUUUUAUAUAUUUUAUUAGAGUGCAUUAUUUAAUCUCACAUGUACAUUGGACAAUUUGGGUGAAAUCAACUAGUAUUUACACAUUUGAAUAAUUGAUCUGUGGAAAUUAGCAGAUGGACUCAGACCAACUAUUUGUGAUACAUGGUGCACACAUUGUGUGAAAGUGUAGCUUCAGUGAGCCGUCACAAAAGAAAAUUUUCUAUUCUCAGUUUGAGUGGUGUUUGUUUCAUGAUAUCAAGUGAUAUACUAACGAGGAAAUAAUUAAGAAUGUGUCGAUGAGACAUUAUCGUAAUUCAGUAGAUCUGACUUUUAAAUUGUUAAUUUUUUAUAAUUUAGUUUCAUAAAUGUGUGAUUGUUUGAUCAAUUUAAGUUUCUUUGUAUUAAUUUCUAUUAACAGUACGAGCAAAACAAAUAGUUGACAAAUGUAUAUUGGAAGAUAAAUAUAAGAUAUUUUUCACUAUUUUGCACUCCUAAAAAACUAGUGUACAUUACAUUUGAUACGUAUUGAGCAUGACAAAAUUUUAUUUAUUAAUAUUUAGAAAACUUCUUGUUUUAAAAUUAUUUCGUUUUAAAGCUAUCUUCAUAUAAUGUUAAUAAAAGAGAAAAAUUACAAGAAAGAUUAUUAUCAAACAGUUAUACAUUUAGUAAUUAAAAAAUUUUGUUUUGAAUAAUAAACUCUAAUGGUAUUAUUGCCAUAAAUGGUAAUAUUAUGGUUGACUUACUAUGUAAUAUGAAAAAUGUACAAUAUAAAAAAUACAUAUUUACAUACAUACGUGUGUAUGGUAUAUGUAUUUGUGAAUGAGUUUAGAGGUAUACGUGCAUGUGUGAAGGUGUGCAUGAAAAUAUUAAUAUUGAUUUUUUUGUGUAAAUUAUACUCGAAACUUGCAGUUGAGGAUUAUAUAAAUGUUAAAUUUAUUUUUUAUUUGUAUUAAGUUGUAUGUGAAUUACUUAUAAUUUUUAUAGUUAUUACUUUUGGAGACAUUUUUUUAAUAUUUUAUAAAUUACAUGUUUUAAAUAACGUAUUUUUAGACAUGUACAAAAAGCAACAUUCUAAAUAGAUUAAUUAAUUAAUAAUUUUAUUUAUAGCAAAAUUAAUUAAUCAUGUUUGAAGAAUUUUUGUAAAUAAAUUUGUUACAAUUUUGCAACAAUUAUUUCUCAACAUUAUGCUUUAAGGAAAAA